GCCUCUCUCUCUCUCUCUGUCUUUCUCUCUCUGUCUCAAAAAAAAAAAGAAAAAGAGAAGAACCUCUUCAGCUUCUCCAUCAAACCGAAAAAACCACAGCCUCAUCACUGCUCGCUCGCUCGCUCGCUCGCUCCUCCGAUCAUGGCUUCGACGUAACGCCUCGCGUCUCUUCACGCCUCCCGGAGCGGAAGCCGCCGGGCGAGGAGAACCCGACCCGAGUCGCCUUCGCCGGCUCCUCUUCGCCGCUUCCUCCCUCGCGAAACGAGUCGCGGGUGUCCAACAGAUCAGAUUAUCAAUGGGCUGCAAGAUGGAAGCCUGUGCAGAAUGCUCAAGGAAUUGUGUAAUUCUUCAUGGAAAGAACAAAAACGCAUCACCUAAUGUUAGCUCCUUUUUCAAGGUCAUGAUCGGCAGUCAAUUUUCUGAGCUUUUGUACAUUCCUCCAAAAUUUGCUCCCACAAUUUCAGGACAGCUUAAUCAAAAUAUCCGUCUGGAAGAUUCAGGUGGGAGGCAAUGGGAAGUGACAUUGUCCAAGGUUGAUGGAUCCUUUGCAUUCCAGAGAGGUUGGAAUGCUUUUUCACGCGACCAUGGUUUAGAAGUUGGAUAUUUUCUGUUGUUCUAUUACCUGGGUUCCCACUUCAGGGUCGACAUAUAUGAUCGGACUGGAUGCAGAAAAGUAGAUUUUCCAGAAAACUGGACCAGUAAGAAAAGAAGUAGGAGUAGUAGAAAUUCUUCAGAUGACCCCACUGGUGAGAAGAGUUCAAGUGAGAGUGCUUCAGUUGUUUCUGGGGCAUCAGCUGAGCUAGAUCAAUGCAAUCGCGGAACAAAUGUGGAAGAAGCAGUGAAACAGAUGGCAUCGGUAUGUCUAAAGAGUGGUGGGAAAAGUCAACCUCUUUCCAAAAUGGUCUUUGCUGAAGAAUUGAGCUUUAUGAUGGAUAGACACAUUGAGAACAGAGAGGGAGAAGAGGUGCGACCUGCAUUUGACUUGUUUGAUUUUGAAAUGAAGAACAACAAAACCUGUGCUGGUGGAAAUCCGUGUACUGUGGAUGGGACUGGACCUUCUUCUGUUGGAGCUGUUUUAUCACAAUUAUGUCAAGAUGAAGCUGGAUUAGCUGAUAAAGACCCAAUUUUGGAUUCUGUCAAUAACAGGACAUGUGAGGAAACAGAUCAAAACAUCAAAAAACUCGAAAAUAGUGGAAACUUAGAAGGGUUAGAUAAACAAGAGACUCUCAUGAAUAACUGCAAGAAUGAAGUGUUGCCAGAUGUCAAAAGAGAGCUGAUGGAGAUGGAUGAAGAUAACAAUUGUGAAGUUGAAAGGCCAAGGGUUAUUAAACAAGAGCAAGUGGAGAUGACUCCUGGACACUGGAGUACCAAAAUGGCUAAUCUGGAAAUCUAUGGAAAAAAGCCAAUUGUUAAGGCGGAGUAUACUGCAAGUGAUGGACAGCUAGCAAAGGGUGAAGCUAUCAAUGCAAAGGCUUCUUCAGUACAUAUGGCUGCCAAUACCUCCUAUUCAGUCAAAGUCGUGACGGACUGCCAUUCUUAUCUAGAGUUGCCUGCUGACCUUCCAUCGUCAUUUUUCAAGGGAUCUUCUUCAAGAGACCGGAAAGUUGUGUUUCUCACGGAUCCAUCUAAGAGAACAUGGCCAGUCCUUUACCAUGAAAGAUUGGGAGUAAGAUCACUAACGUCCGGGUGGGAUGGCUUUCGCCUGGCGAAUGGCAUCCAGCGGGGAGAUGAUUGUGUAUUUCAACUCCAAAUCCUGUCCAACUCCCAGUCUCUGUAUAAAGUCUCCAUCACCAGGUAAACCAGUCUGCCCCGGGCCGAGAAUUCACGGCUUUUAUGACCAGGAUCCCCACUAACUAGACUGUACCAUCUUAUUCUCGGUUGUUGGCCUUCUUCCCAGCCUUGAAUCGCCUUUACUGCCAUGACCGACAGACCCAGAAUUUUUAAAACUUUUUGUAAAUGAUCUGAUUAGCUUCUGCGUGGUGUGAAAGCUGAAGAUGUUGUGCGCUAACCUCCUGUGUCUUCUCACUGUUUUGUGCUCUGACCAAGUAUACGGAUCAAACACUUUGGGUUCAGUUUGCCCCACGGUGUCGAUAACAAAGCCGCAGUAUUCUCAGUUUUCA